UUUAAAAAUCUCUUUGCAACAGUAAUAUUAAAUGAGCAGUUCGACAAGACAUACGAAGACAGCGACUGAAAGGCUCGUCUUUCGCUGCAUCUUUGAGCAGUAGUACAGUGUAGCAGAUAAAUAGUAAAUAAUGCUAUCUUCCUACAGUCUGUCUGUGGAUCGUUGUUAUGACAGUUGCGGAGUGGGAACUGUAAGUUAUGGUCGGUGGUCAUGAAUAGACGAGUGAAACGAGAUAGUCUCAAAUUUAGGAAGAGGGACGAUGAGUAGCAUGCUUGUUACGGUUGCUAAUAAACACCUGCCUCAUUUAUAGUGAUCAAAUACUAUGUCGUCCGAUUCAUUUAGUGAGCAUGGGAAGUCAGCAACCGAGAUUAUACAACAGAUUAACGCAAAAAAUACAAAAAUACUUGCGUGUAUUCUCGUCAUUGGAUUCAUUGUGUAUCACGGAUUACUGCAUUGGAGAUACGGAAUUGAUUCCUGCAAGUGGCUUCUUUCUGAUGGUAGAUUUAAGGGUAACCAGGAGUGGCAGCCAUAUGGUUGUAUGAUGCACCAUUACAGUCAGACGGAUACAAGACGUUGUUUGAGAUAUUUAGCAUUCUGGGGUGAACAUAGCCAUUUUGUAUUUAUCGGUGAUUCUAGAAUUCGCCAGUUGUAUCUAGCAUUCUUGGAACAAGUUGAGCCACAAGAUUCUUCACGGACAACUCUUCAUCCUGAACAAAUGCAUUCUGAUAUGGCUUUCACUGAUGCAAAGUUAAGACUGCGGGUGGAAUUUGUUUGGAGCACUUUUGUUUCUCAGAUCAUGGUAGAUGAAUUUCGCAAGUGGAAGGAUGAAGAUGAUCCACCAAAUGUGAUUGUUGCUGGCAAUGCCUUAUGGUCAAUUAGAGCAUCUAAUGCAUCUGUUCAGGCAUUAGAAGAGUAUAAAAAUAAUUUAACUUAUCUCGCACAGGCAAUAAACACACUCUCGGAUAAGACAAAGACUCAAGUUCUGUGGGUUCUCCAGGCACCUGUAAAUGCUGAGAAACUUCAGCCACAUAGAUCCAUGAUAACAAAUGAACAAAUUGAACUCUAUAACAAGGCUGCUUCUCAGAUUCUAUUACACAGCAGAGCCGUGCUUUGGUCCAGUACAAAACUUGUCGCACAAGGAAGUCCCGAUGAAACUACUGAUGGAAUUCAUCUUGGACCAACAGCUCUGAAAUAUGAUACUCAGAUGCUGCUGAACAUGUACUGCAACGAUCAUAUGAACUUCAAUGAUGGGAGCUGUUGCAGUAGUGCUGAGCCAUACACUACGCUGCAGGUUGUUACAUUUUCCGUUUUAGGUGUUUGUUUCAUUAUUGGUCUGGGAUUAAUGACACGUCGGUGGCUGCGUCAGUUGAAAAGUUCACCGCCAGUUACUUACACUCCGCUAAAUGAACAGAGUGCAAAAGUUGCUGCCGCUGAAUCUGAUUUGUACAUAAUAGUCACAUCACUUGCACGCAUGGGGAUUAUUAUGGCAUAUUUUUUUCUUUGUGACAGGACAAAUUUUUUUAUGAAGGAAAACAAGUAUUUCUCACAGCUAAGCUUUUGGCUCCCAUUUGGUUAUGUGUUUACACUGGGUUUGUUUUUCACAGAAGACAGCCAAUAUACUAAAGUUCUUCAUCGGGAUCAGACAGAUGAAUGGAAAGGAUGGAUGCAGUUGGUGAUACUUAUUUAUCACAUGACAGGUGCAAGUCGUAUAUUACCAAUAUAUAUGCACAUCCGUGUCCUCGUUUCUGCCUAUCUGUUUCUAUCUGGAUAUGGUCAUUUUUGUUACUUUUGGCAAAGAGGGGAUGCAGGAAUAGUACGCUUUUUCCAGGUACUGUUUCGACUCAACUUCAUGACUGUGAUGCUUUGUCUCUGUAUGAACAGGCCAUACCAGUUCUACUACUUCGUGCCUUUAAUUUCAUUCUGGUUUCUAAUGGCUUAUUUGGUACUGGCUCUGCCACCCCAAAUAACAGCUGCUUCAUCUGAAACAAAUCCCCUUCAUUAUUUGUAUUUGGUUCUGAAGAUGGUGGGUCUUUUUACUGUUAUCACAGUACUCUAUAUGUCAGAGGUUUUCUUUGAAAAGGUAUUUGUUACACGCCCAUGGAAAGCCUUAUUUGUUACAACAGAUGAUGAUAUUCAUGAAUGGUGGUUUCGUUGGAAGCUGGAUCGAUACAGCAUAUCAUAUGGAAUGGUAUUUGCUGCAGCAUAUAUGCUGUCACAACGAUACAAUUUGUUGGAUGACAACAAUCACAGCAAUCUCUUCUCUCGGGGAAUAUCUCUAUCAGCAACUCUUGGUGCUGUAAUUGGACUUGGAAGUUAUGCUUGUUUCUCAUUUUUGUGUCGAAACAAGCAAGAAUGCAAUGAAAUACAUUCCUACACAGUGUUUGUGCCCAUUGUGAGCUACAUAGUGCUUCGUAACAUAUCUGGUGCUCUGCGCACUCGCUACUCAAGCUUGUUUGCUUGGUUUGGACGUAUUUCUUUGGAGCUGUUUAUUAGCCAGUAUCAUAUAUGGUUGGCAGCAGAUACACAUGGUGUGCUUGUACUUUUACCUGGAUAUCCUGUACUUAAUUUAAUCAUUACUUCAUUUAUCUUUGUAUGUGCGGCUCAUGAAGUGAAUGUAUUGACUCGUGUGUUGACACCAUAUGCUGUACCUGCUGACUGGCGUCUCGUAUUGCGAAAUGUGUUGCUCUUUCUUGCUGUGCUUGUUCCAAUUGGAAUUCAUGAUGGAAUGUUUUAAAUCUGUAUUUACUGUGUGAUUGAUGAAUAUUGUGAUAUUUCAGUAACUCUCAGGAAGACUGCUGUAUUUUUGUGUUCAUAAAUUUGUAUUAGAUAUCACAGAUUCUUUGUCUUGAUAAAAGUUCACUUGUGUGGAGGAGUGUAAAUAUGUUUAAAUAUGUUUUAAAAUUAAAUAUGAAAUUUAUCAUAUGCUAUCAAAUGGGCAGCUUUUACAAUAUUCUUACUGUUUUAACAUGGAUUAAACAUGUAAAAAUAAAAAUGUCAACAAAAAAGGAAGAUUGGAAAGUGCUCCGCGAUAGUAGGAAAAUAUGAAAUUCCCUGCCAUUUCAUUGUUGUUAGGACCAUUUUUCUAUGUGAUAAUGUGGCUCAUCUUGUGUAAUUUGGUUCAGAGCAGUGUGAAUAUUUACCAGUUUUAUAAAUGGGUUUAGUGUACUUGGCAGCUUAGUCCGUAUAAUUGUCAGAUUGUAUAUGAUAAUAUUAUGAAAAUGAUAGAUUGCUACUCACCAUGUAGUGGAGGUGUUGAGCCACAGAUAGGCACAACAAAGACUGUCAAACAACUAAACUUUCAAGUGAAAAAGCCUUCAUCAGAAUUAGACAAAACACACACACACGAGCAUAGUGUCUGGCUGCGAAGGCCGUACUGUCUCCCCUUGGUAACCAGAGAUUGUGGUCGUGUGUGUGUGUGUGUGUGUGUGUGUGUGUGUGUGUGUGUGUGUGUGUGUCUAAUUCCAGUGAAGACCUUUUCAGACAAAAGCUUUCUUGUUUGACAGUCUUUUGUUGUGCCUACCUGCGACACAGCAUCUCCGCUGCAUGGGAAGUAGCAAUCUAUCCUUUACAUAAUAUUAUCAUUAUUAACAUAUUGGGUUUUCCAUUGCUAGGUUAUACAAAUAUUGAAGUAGUUACUGAGACUACCUUGCUACACUGUGCUUCUUUUAGUAAUUACUUUGAAGUGUAAUUUUCUUACUCUGUGUGUGUUAUAUGCCUCUACUGUGAUUUUGUCAUACAGUAUUUACAUUUAUUAUUUGCGUAGUACAUGCAAACACUUGUGAUAAUAGAGAUACACAAUUGCAGAAAUGUUAAAUGAACAAAGGUUAUGGAAGGGGGGAAAUGCACUUCUGAAUUGUUCAAAUUUAGAAAGAACUUACAAAUUUGAAAACUACUGUAAGCAAAAGUUCUUUUUGACAUUUUUUCACUUUCUGCAGUGCACAACCGAGACUUUCUACCCUUCUAUGUUGAAAUGUCUGAGCAGCAAAGUGUGACUUUUGGGUCACUUUUUAACAUUUUUUCACUUUCUGCAGUGCACAACCGAGACUUUCUACCCUUCUAUGUUGAAAUGUCUGAGCAGCAAAGUGUGACUUUUGGGUCACUUGGUGCUUCAUUCUGAACCUCAUGUUGUGUUGCCUUGCAAACUGGUACAUACAUAGCAUAAUUUAUGAAGACACAAUACCAAUUUUUGUCUUCUCUUCAUUUUUGUAUUCACUUAUUUGCAUGUAGAAUACUGGUUACCUUCACCAGUAUUGUCUCUGAAAUCUAGGCAGGAUCAGAAUAAGAGUUGCUCAACAUCAGCAAUAAUCAUUUCUGUAUAAUAAUCAGUUAUUCACUAAAAUAAGAACACUUCAGUUGCAUGGAACUGUAUGUAAAAGCUUUAAAUAAAGUUUCCUUUACAUGUUUCUGGAUAGCUAAAUCUAAGCAACAGAUUUUUCAACAUAUACAAAUCAAGAACAUUAUGUAUAUAUGGGUGAAUAACUGCUUAUCUCAGUGUGCUGAAGAUGAAGUGGGACCAAAUGAAAUAAAUUUGACUAGAAUGGUGAAAAUUUUCUAAUCAUUUGGAUGAAAGUUGACAGGAUUGCAACUGAUAAAACAGAUUAUGUUUUAAAUAGAAAAUAAAGUAAAAUUUUCAGCUGUUCAAACACACUGAAUCUCAGACUCUUUUCUCAAGAGAGAACAAAAUAACAAAAUAUUAGACAAGUUAAAUAUGAUAGCAUAAAGACUGCUGAAAGAUUUGUAAGUUAAGAUACAUUUUCUUCUUUACAAAUUCUGAAUAAACAUCAGUUCUGAUCCUUUUUGCAUUGUGAUUAUCCCAUGCACUUGAGCUAGAUUCUGUUUUCACCACGAUUUAUUCCAUUCUGCCAUAGUCAUAGUAUACAGUAUUUUGUUAAAUUCAGUUUGAAAUGUAACAUACUCAUUAUUCAUAAGUAUUUGCUUGAGUUUGUUCAUCAUGUUCUUUCUGCAGUAUUUUCUUAUUUUGAUUCAUUAUUGCAUUUUUGGCUCUUCCUACCUCCCUAAUUAUAAAUUACAUUGGUUGUCAUAGCCCUUUACACAAAUAAGAUACAAAGACCCUUUUAUUUUUAUUGUCAGUUUUCAAUGUCAUUUCCUUCAUCAUUAUUGGUACUCCUUAUUCUGACAGCUGUCGAUUCAGUGUGUAUUUUAUGCUGAAAAGGUGUAUGUAUCCCGUAUUGGUUGCAUAACGCGCCCCCAUGCAAGUGCGCGCACGUGUGUGUAUAAUCCAGACAUGAAAAACACAGAAUUAAUGCAGAAGUUAUCAGUGAUAUAAGCUAAAAAUAAGCAAUGUAUGUCCUUUAUAAACAAGGAAAACUGUUAUCACUUAUCUUACAACAUCCUAAAGUGAGAGUAAACACAAUCAGUGAUACAGUGUCUCUCUCUCUCUCUCUCUCUCUCUCUCUCUCUUUUUUUUUUACCUUAAUAUUGUAGUAUCACAUUGUUUUGCUUUAGAAAAGAUUAAUGCCAAUUUAUCAAGGUCUUAUACAUGAAUGAUUGUUUCAUUUGACUGAUUAGAGUUUCUGAAACACUCUGUAGAGUUUUUUCAAUUAUAUGUGCUUUAUAGUUACCGUAUCUUGUCCAUAAAAGACAGUGUUCCUAUCACCCCAUUCUGAAUUGUAGUGCCAUUUAAGCAUAGAAAAAGAUAUUUUUUUUCAGUUUACUCUAUCACCAGUUUUAUUGGUACAGUGUUGUUUCAUCAAUGCUGUAAAUAAUAAAGAUACAUAUGUCCACUUGUUAGCAUCGUGUAAACACACUCUGGAACUCAUGUAAGUAUUCAGUACUGCAUGCCUGAGCAAAGUAGUAGAUGUAACAGCAAGAAGAGAUUUGUAAAUGUUUUGUGAUUAGUCUUGUGAACAGAUAAUAGUUUUUUCUAUCGAUAAAAUGUUGUGCUUUAUAAUAUGCAAAAUAUCAUGUUGUUUAUAUUUGUUGAUUUUACCCUUUUAUACAUAAAAGAAAACAAUGUGCUAAAUGUUUUUGUACAUGCUCGUGGAAAACAUAAAAAGAUAAAAUGGUCAAUAGUUGAAUAAAUUGACAAAAAUUGUGAUUUAAUGUGUUUCGUGUAAAUAACUAAAAAGAAAGCCUUACACAGUGUAACUUUUAACAAGUAGUUCUAUUACUUAAAUUAUAAUUUAAGUAAUGUUUAUGGCACGUCAAAGAUGCACACUUCAAUUUCACUAAUUUUAAUAGUCAUCUGAGACAGUUCCAGAAAGCCACAUGCACAAUAUUGUUUGCAUAUGUAUUUGGAUUUGAUUGGCACUGUACCCAUGUGAUUAAGAUUUUUCAAUACACCUUGAAACAAAUCCAUUAAAAUGCCAGGAAUAAUUCUUAUAACAUUCUUGCAGAAAACUACCUCUCCAAUGACUGUGAUACCAAUUGGGCAUACUAUGUACUUGAAUGAUAAUAAUAAUAAUAAUAAUAAUAAUAAUAAUAAAAACAAUUCAGAGUAUUUGAUACAAAAGGAGAUACUUAAAAAACAUUUAUUUGUUUAUGUAUAUUCCCUGCAGCAGAAGGCAAACACUACAUUAAGUUUCUGAUUAGGUUUUGUUAAAAGAUAGAAAAUACAUUAACACCUAGACGUCUGUUCAAUCACUUAUUAACAAUAUGAGUAAGUUAGUGAACCAAUCAUGAUCCACAGUAUAUAAUGCAGUAUGUACAGAAAUAUUAAUAACGAUGUGAUACAUAGUUCAUAUGUGUCCCCCUAAUGCAAUCAUUUAUUAUUUAUCAUGAAAUAAAUAUAUUUGUUACUGUCAGAAUGAAAUUUAUUUAUCAAGUGAUGUUCAUAAAUUGAUUAGGUAUCUUUGAAUAUAGUUAUGAAAAGUCCUUGGGGGAAUAUGAUACAUAGUGGAAGAAGGAAAGAUGACAACUUAGCAUACACUUCAAUUGUCAGCAGGCAUGGACCAAAUAAGUAAAUAUGUCUAUAUUUAUGUGUCAUAAUCUAUGUAUGUGUUAGUUAAUAUUGUCUGUAUUUUUUAUAUAAACAUAUCCACUGCAUAUUUUAUCAUUUUUUGCAUAAUGUGUGCAGAAUUUUUGUGAUACCUGCAUUGAUUAGAUAUUUACUUUCAUUGUUGCAAAUACUGAACAUGAUGUUGAUGUUGUUGCGAGUGUGCUUCCUUUGUGUAAUUUUUUUAUUUUGUAUUUAAUAUUUUCUUUUUGUCAGACCCAUAUAUUUGUGAUGACACAAUCUAAGAUGAAUGGGUUUCAGUCAGUCAAUCAGUAAAAAUAAUGUACUGACAUUGCACCUCAACUGGGCUGCAGUACUGAUAAAGUGGAGGUGUGUGUGUGUGUGUGUGUGUGUGUGUGUGUGUGUGUGUGUGUGUGUGUGUGUGUGUGUGCGCGUGUGUGAUAUUUAUUUUUCUGUACUAGUUAGCUCUGAAGAAGCACCUCAUCUGAAAGCUUGGCAAAGCAUGUUCAUAAAUGAGCCUUCAGCUCGUGCAGUACUGUAAAAUUGAAAUUUUGUCACUAUUAAAAUACAGUGGUUUGAGUAACAACUUUAUUUUUUUGUAUCUUUUGUGCAGUUUUCUAAAUUUUAUUUCAAAUCUAAAUAGUAAAGAACAUCUUGAAUUUUCUUAAAGUACAUUUCAAAGAUAAUAAAAUCAAAGACAUGUCACAGUUUUAA